AUGUCAGCCCGGAUCGCGCGCUGGGCGUCCCGCGGCCGUGGCACCGGCAUCCGCGAUCGCAUAUCUCGUCUUGAACAAGCCCUCGAGAAGCUGUCCACCUCGCCGUCGCCCGGCUGCGCCAUCGACCUGAGCGCCACUAGUCGAGACGGCCGCCGUGACGCCUCCGCCGUGGCCCCGGUGUCCGCCUCCCAAAAGACCUGGACCGAGUCGACGGGCUUCGUCGAGCGCGACCCGUCCUUUGAGCGCCAGUCGUACCUCGCUAGCCAAAUCGCCGAGCUCGCGCACCCAAGCAGUUCCGAGUCACGCGAGGUUGCCGACCAGCUCAAGACGCUGAGCGCCGUCAGCCGCGCCACGGCAUCCACCAACACGAGUCGGGGCGCGGCAUUGGCGGGAUCAAGCGCUGAGAAUUUACUAAUAAGAGAGAAGGUUCCUUCCAGCUUUGUUCUAAAGAUCAUACGCUACCUCGAAAGCAGGGUGAAGAAUGGUACCAAACCUCUGCUGCUGAUUGUUCAUCCAAUACCAAGCCUAGACUUGCUCAAGAAUCUGUGCCAGCAUAUUUAUUUUCCCCUCGAUCCGAUCAUGACGGGCGAGCUGACAUUGUUCAACGCCCUGCUCUACUUUGCCAUUUGGGAAGUGCAGUCUCGUGGCGAUAGCGAGAUUGACGCAGAGGACCUGGCUAAAUAUCGGCGAAUAACCGACGCAAACUUUAACCAAGGUGUCGAGGAUGCUGAAAUAAUUGCCAUUGCAAGCUAUGAGAAUGCCCUGACGCUGUGUCUUGCUGCCUAUUACGCUCACACGAUUGGCGACAUUGUCCGCCACCAAGCUGUCGUGUCGGCCGCCGCGCGUCACUGCAUCCAGCUCGGAUACCACCGCAACGACAAGGGCCAGCUGCCGCCCGAAGAGUCGCACCAGCGCCGGCUGCUCUUCUGGCACGUCUAUAUCUCAGAGCUGGGCCUGACACUGCGCCUCGGACGUGCAGCCGUCAUACAGGAGUUUGAUGUGGACGCGCCGCAGCUAAACAUCUCGGCCGACCCGCGCCAAGCUGUCUGGGAUGCGUCUCUGCGCUCGUUUACGAAGUUCUCCCGAAUCCAGAGCAACAUAUACCGGAAGAUAUACUCACCGGGUGCCGUCGCCACGCUGACCGCCACGCCGAGCAAACGACAGGCCCGUGUUGCCCGGUUCGCCGCCGAGCUCGACCAGUGGUACGCUGAGUGGAGGUGCAUUAACAGUGCCGAAGCGUACUACCCCAUGGUGCACCAGCAUACGUUUAUGGCCGUCGAGGUCAUCUACUACUCGGUGCUGACGCUACUGCAUCGCGGUAGCACCGACUCCAACUCACCGUCUGAAAUUUCGCCCGAGUGCUUCGCGGCCGCCCGACAGGGCCUCGAGUCUCAUCUGCGCAUCUUUCCCGCCGUACUGGCCCAAGGACCCGGAACAGUAUCGUACUACGGCGUUUGGAUUUUCAUGUACUCUUCCUUUACGCCUUACAUAGUCACCUUCCUGCACAGUAUCGCCAACACAGACACCAACGAUGUGCAGCUGCUCAAGAGCGUGCUCGACACCCUCGACGACAUCGGUGCUGGUUAUGAGCUCGUGCACCGCCAAAAGACGUUGUGCGCUGCCUUGUACCGCAUCGCCAAUGCCUUCAUCGAGUCGCGACAGCCUCUGCAGAACGGUAGCAGCCGCAGCUGCGACGAGCAGAGCGCCAUGGAUCACCAAGCAUUUGUGACAACGGCGGAGCAGACGCUGAACCUGCCGCUGCAGCCAGACACGAUACAGGACUGGGGCAACUUUGACACAAUUGUGGAAGACUGGGAGUCGCAAUGGUUUAAUCAGCAGUCACUGGUGCUAGGCAAUUCCUUGGAUCAAUAA